AUGACAUCGUUUUGCACCCGACAUAACGCGAAAGAUUUAUGCCGAGGCGUCCACGGUGAGCGCCGCAGACGGCUUGACACAGCCCUCGGAGCAGUCCGUGUUUUGGUGCGACGCCGAGCAGUCGAGAUGCAGUCCCAACGCAGCAACGUGCUCCCCGUGAAACGGGACUCCGACCCCGAGUGCCUCAUAGCAGGCUGUGGCGCGAUGCAGGAAGACAAAGAAGAAGAAGCGUUCCAGACGGAAGACGGAUCACCUGAUUUCCUUGAAGAUCAUCAAGAUGAUGACGAUGAUGAUGGAGACGACGACGAUGGAGAAGAUGGUGAUGACAAACCCAAGAAAGGGAAGAUCACCAAUCGUGUUGAACAUCAAGAAGAAGAGUUCAAUCGCAUGAUGGAGGAAAUGGACAUCAAACUCGACAAAGAGAAAGACGAUGGAGUCGAAGUUGUUGAUGGACCUCCUAUGCCUCCUCCUGACGGUGAACCUCCUCAUGAUGGGCCUGAACAUCACUCUAUGGGCAAACCUGGUGACGGCAUCAUCUACCUCAGCGACAUCGGUGAGCAUGUCAAGCUCGAUAAACGUGGACGACCUUGUCGAGUUGGUCCAGAUGGUCGCAAAGAAGUACGAGGAUCACCAAGGCCAAAGAGUAGCUACAGUCCUGAAGAAUGGAGAGCACUGUCUGCUAAGGAGAGAGACGUCAUCAUUCGUCGUGGAAAACUUGAAGAAGAAGCUGAAAAGCUCAAGGAGAUCAAGUUGAAGAAGGAGAAAGAAAAGAAGGCCAAGGCCGAGAUCUCCGAGAAGAAGAAGCACGAUUCAAGUUCACUCAAAGAUCCAGUCAAAGAUGAAGUCCACAAGAAGAAGAAAAAGAGUAAUAAGAAGUCGAAGGAGAGUUCAGGCAAAGAUGGCGACAAAGACGCUGCUGUCAGUGUGGGGAAGCUCCAAGGAGAGUGGGAACGUAUAUCUACGCCCCGCGAUCCAAUGACGAUGCUGAACCGCAAACGAGAUCGCGACCCAUGGGAAUGUUCGUCGACGUCCCAUGGUGCAGGUGGUCUCAUUGACAUCAAGAAGUACAACAAUACCUCUCCUGAACAGUACCACGUGAAGUGGUCCAAGGUCUACGAUCAACCGCCAUUUGGAAAGUGGUACCUAGUGAAAGUCAUUGAGCAUGCUGACUGGAUUGAAGAAAUCUGGGACCGUUGGUAUGAUGAAACCAAUGUGCCGAAGACUAUCUUCAUCAGCUUGGAUGACUCGGUCGAAGAGCCGCCUUCGAAGCGUCAGAAGCCGGAAGAGAAAGUUUCCGACGAAGCGGGCGCGAAGCUCGGCAUGACUCCUCAUAGCGAAGGGGAAUCGGAUAUCGAGCACUAUGAAUUUGCUGGAAACACUAUCGCUGUCCAGGGUCAGCCCUCAAUCAAUGCCUUAGUCCUGGGCAUGAUGAUGUCCCAACAGAUGAACAUGGGCAUGGGAAAAGGAUCCCAGUCGGCCACACAGGACACGAAGGGCGAGGGCAAAGGAUACCAGUCUGCCACAGAGGAUACGCUCAAGGGCAAGGGCAAAGGAUGCGAGUUAUCCAGUGAGGAUGUUGCCGAUCCUUCGAACUCUGUGUCUUCUAAAGCUGCUCCCAAGGCCAGCUCGCAGAAGAAGGGCAAGGGCAACCGCUUCCGGAAAUCCAAGAACUGA